GGGCCACGCCGCCGCAUCGUGGGCCACGCCGCCGCAUCGUGGGCCACGCCGCCGCAUCGUGGGCCACGCCGCCGCAUCGUGGGCCACGCCGCCGCAUCGUGGGCCACGCCGCUGCAUCGUGGGCCACGCCGCCGCAUAGUCGAACUGGGCCGGCCGUACGCAGGUGCCUGGGCACCUGGGACAGCCGCAGGCAGGUGGGCACCGGGGGCAUACUGUGGGCACCGGGGGCACAACGCGGGCACCAGGGGCAUACCGCAGGCACCCGGGCUAUACCGCGGGCACCGGGGCUAUACUGCGGGCACCAGGGCUACAACGCAGGCACCAGGGCCAUACUGUGGGCACCGGGGGCACAACGCGGGCACCUGGGCCACAACGCGGGCACCGGGGGCAUACCGUGGGCACCGGGGGCACAACGCGGGCACCAGGGCCAUAACCCGGGCACCGGGGGCACAACGCAGGCACCAGGGCCAUAACCCGGGCACCGGGGGCACAACGCGGGCACCGGGG